CCGCUAGAUAUUUCUCCACAACGAAGAACUUUUUAUUGCUGCAUAUACCAUUAAAUGGGUUCUUAACCAAUAUUCUCUUUUCCCUCUGGCUCUAGUCAUUGAGCCAUUCCUGAUGGAAGUACAGUGGCUUCUGGUGUGCCACGGUCUGGUCACACUGCUGGUGAUUGUAUCCUUCCUCUGCGGCAAUUGGCCAAUUUUUCAGGGCACCUUCAUUCAACGUAUCCAUAUUUUUCUUACCUUUGGAGCUUAUGAUUAUUUCAGGCGAUUUGUCGUGCUUGUGUUUGGGCCUAAAGGAACUGGAGCGCUGGCAUCAGUGGAAUACUAUUGUUGUGAUCGCCCUAACCCAAUUUUACAGAUAAUAUAUCUUGGAAUAAUCGGAGGUACGUAUUACAUCCUUGUGAAGUCAUCUUUCAGCUAUAUUCCAGGAUAUUACCUUGGUGAAGUCCACAGAUACACAAGCAUUUUGGCUGUAGCCGUGGGUAUCCUACUUUUUCUUGUGACAAGCUUUUCUGAUCCAGGAACUGUGAAUAUUGAGAAUGUAUCUCAGUAUCUUGCUGCCUAUCCCUAUGACAACAUUAUAUUUUUUGAAAAAGAUUGUUCAACUUGCAAGAUUCCAAGACCUGCAAGGUCCAAGCAUUGCAGUGUGUGCAAUCGUUGUGUUGCUCGAUUUGACCAUCAUUGUGGAUGGAUGAACAAUUGCAUUGGCGAGAAGAACACCAGAUAUUUCAUGGCUUUUCUUCUUUGGCACUUUCUUCUUUGUGUUUAUGGAGUGAUUGCAAUUUUAUUUCUUCUUGCUGGUCGGUUGAAAGAACUACGAGUGAUACAUAUAUUGACAGUGUAUUAUGGGAUUGAAAAUUCAUUCAGAAGCUUGGCUCCACAUGUGGUACAGUGGUUGCUCAGCUCCUACAAUACACAAAUACUUAUCAUGGCGUUUCUAGCCAUUGUUUCUCUACUACUAUGUGGUUUCUUUGGAUACCAUGCUAAAUUAUGCAUCACAAACACCACAACAAAUGAGACAUUCAAGUGGAAAGAGUAUUUAAGCUGGCAGAGGAAGCUGCUUGAGGCAAAGGCAAGUGAGGCAGCCCUUAAAGAAAGUUUAGUUGAACUGAGCCUUGAUAAGAAGCUUCCGCAGAGCAAAUGGAAGGCCAUAUUCAGUAGAUCUCGUCUAGAAGAGGUGGAGGUUGUUCAAAAUAACAUUUAUGAUGAAGGCUUCCUCCACAAUUUAUAUGAGAUAAUUUUUCCUUAUUCAACAAGAAAGUCAUUUUCACAAAAGAAAUCAAAAUUGCGUUAGUAUUCCCUUGAAUUUCUGGAUGAGGUGGCCUGCUAACUAUUCUUAGCUCUUAUGCAUCCUGGAUGACCUUUACUCCUGGAGAACAAUCUAAAUUCAAGGUCAUUUGGGUUUUUACCUUUUUUAACCUAUCUGUCAUGGUGUAAUCUAAGUCGCUAUGCUACAUGGGACUCGUUGUCCCUGUUGCAGCUUUGAUAGCUCACUUUAAGGUAAAAAGAAUGAAAUGGGUUGAGCAAUUGGAUAAAGGUAUUCAUAGCACAUGAGCAUUCCCAUGCAACGCGUGUCACUUCUACUGGUGGCUUGGAAUGAAGAUACUAGAAUGACCAAAGGAAGAUAGAACUCGCUCUCCCAAUACUGCAGUUGUUCUCCAAUUUCUGGUAGGCAAUACUCUAGUUAGUGUUCCUAGUUGUAUGACAGCCGCUCAGUUUUACGGGGAGAUACUUCAUGAAUUCUUGACUAGGUGCCUCUGCUUCUUAUACUUGUUAUUAUGACUCUAUGACAACUUGAUUUUUUUGGUUGUAUGCGUCCUUUCUGAUAUAUCUAGUUAUGGAAACCUUAUCUGUUCGCCAUAACCUCUUUG